CGCACUUUCCUUGCCCGCACGCCGCCAUCCACAACCACCGUCCGAUCACCGGAGGACCCAAAUCCGACUCGGCACGAGUGGCGGGGCGGGCCUCCCUCCCUCGGCUUAUAGCGAGCGCCCCCCCUCGGCGACCGCUUCCCUCUUCCUUCUCCUCCUCCCGUUCCCUACUCCUCCGCGCCUUCGCCUCGGCUUGUAGAAGCGACCGUCUUUCAGUGCCUGGAAGUCACGGUGUCCCCCGGCCAGAUCUGCGUGGGCGGUGGCGCCAUGGCCGCCGAGCAGGCCGCCACGGGGGGUGAGCCGCCUCCCGUGCCGCCCACGCCCGCGGAGGGGGCAGCGGCGGGGCAGAGGUCGAUGCCCACCCCGUUCCUGAGAAAGACGUACCAGCUGGUGGACGACCCCGCGGUGGACGACGUCAUCUCGUGGAACGACGACGGAUCCGCCUUCGUCGUGUGGCGCCCGGCGGAGUUCGCGCGCGACCUCCUGCCCAAGUACUUCAAGCACAACAACUUCUCCAGCUUCGUGCGCCAGCUCAACACCUACGGGUUCAGGAAGAUUGUGCCGGACAGGUGGGAGUUCGCCAACGACUGCUUCCGGCGAGGGGAGAAGCGGCUGCUCCGCGACAUACACCGCCGGAAGGUGACUCCGGCUGCGGAGGCGACGGGGAUGGUCACGGUGGCGGCGGCGACGGGGAUCCCGAUGGCGCUGCCGGUGGGAUCGCCAGUUUACUCCGGCGACGAGCAGGUGCUGUCGUCGAGCUCGUCACCUGACCCCACGUCGCUGCAGCCGCAGGCGCCAUCCGGCUCGGGCCCCGGCGUAGUGGCCUCACUGGCCUCCGGCGACGUCGGCGAGGAGAACGCGCGGCUGCGGCGUGAGAACGCGCGGCUAGCGCGCGAGCUCGGCCGGAUGAAGAAGCUCUGCGACAACAUCCUCCUCCUCAUGUCCAAGUACGCCUCCACCCAGCAUCUAGACGCCGCCACCCAACAGAUCGAGGCCUUCAAAGCGGAGGCCGGGAACCGCUCCGACGAGUCUGCGGAGGCCGCUCCGCCUCCACCGCCUUCGGUCCUCGAGCUCAUGCCGUCGUGCCCGGGCGCCCCAGCGGCCGUCGGGCCCGAGCCGGGAGCAGAGAACGAGUAUGAGAAGACGUGCGCGCGGCUAUUCGGCGUCUCCAUCGGGCGGAAGCGAAUGCGAGAAGACGACGGCGAUGCCGGCGGCGGCGAGCACAACGUGAGCAGAGCGGCGGAGGUGAAGCCGGAGCCGGUGGACGCGCAGCCCGACCACCACAAGGAUCAAACGACGGAGUCGCAGGUGUGGCCCAUUUACCGGCCCAGGCCCGUCUACCACCCUCUCCGGGCCUGCAACGGGUCGGACCGCACCGGCGGCGACCAUGACGGGUCCAACUCCAGAUGACUAGGCCCGAACUUUUUUAUAUAUUUUUUUUAAAAAAUUACAAAUAUAUGCAUCUGUCUUUAAAAACGGUGCAUAUAUUUGUAAUUUUUUAUUUAAAAAAUAAAAAAUCUCGACUUGGCUCGUCCCGUUGACAUAGAAGCUAAUUACAUCAGCUAAUUACUGUUGCUACGAAGUAAUGUAAUUACUAGAAAGAGGGAGACCUAAUUAACUGCAGAUUUACCGCCCGUGUAAAACUCCAGUGGCUUUGUAGCAUUUUUUUGGUUAGUUUUUCUCGCGUAUCAUCCUUUGUGUAUAGCAAAACAUAAAAGCUAGAGCUCGACAUAUUUAGAUAACGUUUUCUUUUCUUUUUUGUACUGUUGUGAUUGGUCUUCAUCCCACCAAAACUGACAGUGGCGGUUGUGAUCGGUGUCCGUUGGGAGGAUAUCUUCGGUUGAGUACCUCUUAUCUUGUAUAAAUAUAACAUGAAUCAACGAAUCAGAAUUAAAUUUUA